AUGACGACGGUUCCUCAAGCCGAAUAUGACGAGGACGAGCCUUUCCUCGCUGAAUCACCGUACACUGGCAAGGAAGGGAAACACACAAGGCUCGAAUCCGUGAAAAGGUUCCUCGGUCCUUUCCUCAUUGGCGUGAUCGCCUCAUCUAUCCUGUGGGCGGUGCCUCUGAUCAUCAAUCGGACAUCAGCGGUCACGAAUGCCAUUGCACCAGCUGCUCCUGUUAUUACGAGCUGCGGCGUGAGCCCAGACGAAGCCCGGGCCAGGGGCUGCCAUUUCCAGCUCUGGUCAUACAGCUGGGUGCCGCACAACUGCUUCGACGUCGACUUACACGACGACUUCAUCAAGCUACAUGACAAGGAGGACUGGAAAUACUAUCGCAACAACAGUAGCGAGAUAACAGAAGCAGCGAAAAUUUCGUCUCUCGAAGAGGUCUCGCUGGAUCAGGUCCUUCUUGGGGAGGGCGACGGCCUGUACUCUACCUGGGGCCAGCAUUACUGGCACUGCGCGUUUUAUCUGCGGCGCUUCUUCCGGGCCACGGGCGGCAUCACCAACCGGGAUCGGGACGCGCACCACAGCGUGCAUUGCCAGGCAUGGCUGGCGGAUCCGUUUGCGCACGACUGGGGAACGGUGAAUAUCCACUUGGAAGUAGGCUACCAUGAGUGUGAAGGGGACGGGCUGCGAGUGCUGGAUAGAGAACGUGUCGUGUGA